AUGGCCGAAGACUAUGCCCGACUCCAGCGCCAGGUGCAGAAACUGGAGGCGGAAAAACACAGCUGGGCGGAGAAAUAUCAGGCCUACUUCGACGUUCGUGACCAGGAUCUCACCAACCUGCUGCGGGUGCGGGAGUUGUUGGCCCAGGAGCGGCGCGAGCACACGGCCAUCCGCCAACUGCGAGACGAAGAUCUUGCCAAUGUUCUCAUGCUCCGAGAAAAGUUGGCACAGGCGACCUGGUCACAAUCACGGUCACGGUCACGGUCUGCUCAGAAUCAAUAUCCGACUUGGGGUUCGCCAUCGGCGCCGGCGCCGGCAUCCGUGCCUGCUCGCCCCCAGUCCCGUACGGAAGGAGACCAUCUGUGGCGCGAGGCCAAAGCUGCAGCCAUGGAACAUCGCAUCUUGGAGCUCGAAGCUGCGAACCACGAGCUGCGGGCGAGAGUGAAGAUGCAGACAGAAACAGCAGCAACAGAAGCCGACAGGGAUAGAAAUACGGAUAAGGACAUAUCCACACAGUCAACAAACACAGAUACAAAACGAGAUACUGACGCCGGUAUCUUGAUGAGGAUACAGGCCAUGUUUGAAGACAGUCUCCGACAUCGCGAGAAGAUGGCUACACGAAUCCAACAAUUGCGAUCGGAGAAGGAGGCCUUGCAUAAGGAAAUGGCUGGUCUGGAGGAUCGAAAUCUGAAGCUGGAGGGUGUUGUCGACAGGCUAAAGCUACAGAGGAGUAUUGCGUUGUAG